UGGCAUUUCUUACAAUCUACAUGUACCUGUACCACGACUCAACCAAAAACUUUUUCAGCAAAUUCACUGGUGCUCAUGUCCAGAUAAAUAACACAGAAAAUUGCCUCAGCGUUCUUAAGAUGCAUAACUACAAGUGCAGCCCAGACAUCCCCUUGGACCAAGAUCCGAUAGCAACAUCUAAAGAGAAAGAAGAACCAGACACCAUUGUGUUAAUCUGGAUGUGGCCUUUUGGCGUCAGUUUUAAUUUAAGACCCUGCAGUUCGGCUUUCGGUAUCCAUGGCUGCCAUUUAACGGAUGACAGAGGUCUAUUUAACCAAUCACAUGGGGUAAUGAUCCAUCAUAGAGAUAUUAGUGGGGAUUUAUCCAACAUACCACAACUCCCACGACCAGCUUUACAGAAGUGGGUAUGGUGGAAUAUGGAGUCUCCAACAUAUACAAAUCAAAUUCCCUUGCUAAAGGAACUAUUUAAUCUGACUUCAAGCUACCGCUGGGACUCGGAUAUUCCAGUACCUUAUGGUAGGAUCACAGAAAGCACAGAGGAAGAGAAAAAAUAUACUAUCCCAAAGAAGGACAAAUUAGUUUGUUGGGUAGUAAGUCACUAUAGCCCAAACCUUAAGCGAUCACAUUAUUAUAAUGAGUUAGUGAAAUUCAUUGACGUGUCAACUUAUGGCGGGCACUUCAACAAACCAGUUAAUGAUAAGGAGUAUUCCAGUUUAGUGUCUAGUUGCAAAUUCUACCUGUCUUUUGAGAAUUCCAUUCAUAGAGACUAUGUGACAGAGAAGCUGUUCAAUCCUCUAGGGCUUGGUACCGUUCCUGUUGUUAUUGGCCCGCCCAGAGAAAACUAUGAGCUGUUCAUACCAAGUAAAGCCUUCAUUCAUGUGGAUGACUUUCCAUCCCCAAAAGAACUGGCCGAUCAUCUGAAACACCUCGACCAAAACGAGGACCUGUAUAUGCAGUACUUCACCUGGAGAGAACAUUUUGUUUCAAAGCCAACAUACUUUGGUCUUGAACAUGCCUGUUGGAUUUGUGAUCAUAUUAGAAGGAAUAAGCACUACAAAGUGGUCAAAGAUCUCAACAAAUGGUUCUGGGGUUGAUGGCACUAUAACAGAUGCUCAGUGAAUGGUGAGGUAAGUCAUGAGCAGGAGCGUAGCAGGCAUUUUAAAAGACUGUGUGUGUGUGUGUGGGGGGGGGGGGUACAGCUGUCAGGUGAUGUGACCCUCAAUGGCCAGAGCAAAGUGAAAUUGCGAGCCCAACAGGAGAUUUGAAGCUCAUGACAGAUGCGCCCAAGAGAUUAUUCUUCUUUGAUUGGCUGAAUGCUAGUUCACUCAAAUCUAAAUAAACAAACCAGAGAACACUGGCGGAAAUAUCGGUGGUGGGUCAAACAAAGCAUGGGGGACAGAAUCACCUCUUUUUAAAGCUGCUGCUACGCCCCUGGU